UCUCUCUUUCAACCCCUCCUGCAAGCAAAACCUGUUCCACCCUUCACGCGCGGCUGCUCCUACUUUGGUUUCGUCCAAUACAGUCUCAGACCGAACCUCUCUGUCUUCUUAUUACAUGAGUUCGGUCGCCUCACUUUUAUGCUUCUCUAGAUGUACCUUGUCCUCCCAUGUCUACACUGCAUACGACGGAGAAGCGCAAUUGGUUGACUUUCUGCUUUCAUGGAUCAAACACAUAGUGAAACAAUAAUCAAAACCGAUUCUUUUCGCUGCAAUCAUAUGCCGCUUACUGUAUAUGCCGUCUUCUCCUUACCGCGGUCUCACUGUAACCGAGCUUCGCAAGUUCAUACCUAAAUCUUGGAAACGCCACAUCCCACAAACCCGCGAUGACACAUCAGUUCCUGUUGCUCUGUUCAAAUCUGUCGGACAGUUCAUCUCCCAAGGUCGUCUGUCCGAAGCUUUCAGAACUUUCUCUCUUCUACUUCUUCGUCACCAGUCUGGUUCUCAUGAAUUCGUUCUGCAAUCAGCUGCUUCCCUUUUGUCGACAUGCGUGGAGCUUAACGAGUUUGUUCCAGGGCAGCAGAUUCACGCUCACUGUAUCUCCUCCGGUUUGGAGUUUGAUCCUGUUCUGGUCCCAAAGCUUGUUACUUUCUACUCUGCUUUUAAUCUCCUCCACGAAGCUCAGACCAUUACCGAGAGCUCUGACUUUAAUCAUCCCUUGCCGUGGAAUGUGCUCAUCGGUUCGUAUGUUAGGAACAAACGGUUUCUUGAGGCAGUCUCUGCUUACAAGCGAAUGAUGAACAAAGGAAUCCAACCGGAUGCUUUUACGUACCCUUCUGUUCUCAAAGCUUGCGGAGCUUUACUGGAUUUUGCAUCUGGAAGAGUUGUUCAUGGCUCCGUUGAGGUUAGCCCUCACAGACGCAGCUUGUAUGUCUGCAAUGCGUUGAUAUCUAUGUAUGCAAGAUUUGGUAAUGUGGACAUUGCUCGGAGAUUGUUUGACACCAUGUCUGAACGGGACACUGUCUCGUGGAAUACAUUGAUUAACUGUUAUGCUUCUCAAGGCAAAUGGGAGGAAGCUCUCGAGUUUUUCGAUAGAAUGAGUCUCUCUGGCGUAGACGCGACUGUUGUAACAUGGAACACCUUAGCUGGAGUUCUUUUGCAGACAGGAGAGUAUGUAAAGGCUUUGAGUUUUGUAGCGAAGAUAAGAAAUCACAAUGUGAGUUUAGAUUCUGUAGCUAUGAUUAAUGGUUUGAAGGCAUGCUCGCAGAUUGGAGCUUUACGGUGGGGUAGAGAGUUCCAUUGCCUUGCGAUACGUAGCUGUUACGCUCGAAUCGAGAACGUUGGAAAUUCGUUGAUCACAAUGUACUCAAGAUGUGGUGAUCUUAAUCACGCCUUCGUAGUGUUUCAGCAGAUGGGAGCGAAUGGUUUGAGUACAUGGAACUCUAUCGUCUCCGGUUAUGCGCACAACGAGAGAUCAGAAGAAACAUGUUUCCUUCUGAGGGAGAUGAUGCUCGCUGGCUUUCACCCAAACCACGUUACUCUCGCCAGCGUUCUCGCGCUUUGUGCUCGAGUGGGAAGCCUGCAGCAUGGGAGAGAGCUCCACUGCUACAUCCUGAGGCGACAAAGCUGUUUCAAUGACGGUUUAAUCCUUUGGAACUCCCUUGUUGAUAUGUAUUCAAAAUCCGGGAAAAUGGGAGCUGCCAAAAGGGUGUUUGAGUCGAUGAGCAAGAGGGACAGAGUGACAUACACUUCCUUGAUAGAUGGAUACGGUAUGUUGGGUGAAGGAGAAGUCGCCUUGGCGUGGUUCAAGGAAAUGAUCAGAUCAGGUAUGGAACCUGAUCAUGUAACCAUGGUUGCAGUUUUAUCAGCUUGUAGCCAUUCCGAUUUAGUGGGGGAAGGAGAAAGGCAGUUUAAGAAGAUGCAGUAUGUGUUUGGUAUACACCCUCGCCUCGAACACUAUUCAUGUAUGGUUGAUCUCUACUGCAGAGCAGGUCUGCUUGUUAACGCCAGAGAUGUAAUCCGCAGAAUCCCUUACGAGCCGUCUCGUGGUAUGUGUGCUACUCUGGUAAUAGCUUGUUUGAUCCACGGAAGCAAAGACAUUGGCGAAUGGGCUGCAGAUCUGCUACGGGAGAUGGAGCCAGUGAAUUGGGGACACUGUUUGUUGAUAGCUGAUAUGUAUACAGCUUCUGGUUCUUGGAGCAAGCUUGAAGAGGUGAAGAGGUUGAUGAGUAUUGUGGGAGUAGCUCAUGAGUUUGCUGCUCUUGGUUCUUCUUCCAUCAAUCAGGAGCAAAGUUCAGACGAAGAACGUCUUGUAGAAGUAGGAUAAAAUGUAUUAUUAUCUGAAUGAUCAAACUGGAAACAUUGGUUUGUUGAGUGUACAUCUUUUGGAAACACGAUCGUGUCUCAAAAGUUCAGAUUAUAUGUUGUUACUCGAAAUAACUGUUAACAUGUAUACCUGAACAGCUGA